CUCUCUUCCUAGCUUAGCCUAGCGGAAAGUUAAGACGCGGGCGAGCUAAAACCCUUCCCCUUGCACUCCCAGCAAUUUUUCCCUCGCAUUCGCGCCGCCGCUCCUCUCCUCCGUCCCCUAGUGGGGGUGGCGGACCAGCCGAGCGGAGAGCGCUCCAUCUACCACGGAUCGGAUCGCAUCGCAUCCCCCUGUCUAUCUUGUUGGAGGAUUGGAUUAGCAUCGAUCGCGCCUGCUGCCUGCCUGCUUUCGAAACUGAGAGGGAGAUGGAGAUGGAGAUGGAGACGGAUCCCAUUUCCCCCUCUCCCGACGACACCACUGCCUCCGGCGGCGAGGCCAAGGCCUGCGCCGACUGCCACACCACCAAGACUCCCCUCUGGCGCGGAGGACCCGAGGGACCCAAGUCGCUCUGCAACGCCUGCGGCAUCCGCUACCGCAAGAGGAGGAGACAGGCGCUCGGCCUCGACGCCAACGCCGACCCCCAGGAGCAGCAGCAGCACAAGAAGAAGGCCAAUAAGAACAACAGCAAGGAGGACAAGAAAAAGGAUGAUGAGCAAGUCACCGUGGAGCUCCGUGUGGUGGGCUUCGGCAAGGAGGUUGUGCUCAAGCAGCGCCGUCAGAUGCGCCGGAAAAAGUGCCUCAGCGAGGAGGAGAGGGCGGCCAUCCUCCUCAUGGCGCUGUCCUCCGGCGUCAUCUACGCCUCCUGAUUGAUCACCCUCCAGCUCAUUGCAUUCUCUUCCAUCCGAGGAGAUAGAUGAUAGGCAGAGGGAGCGCAGGGUCUUGUGUUGCCGAUAGAAAAGCGGCCUAAGCAUGCAUGGUCAGGUCGCGGAGAGAGAGAUGCCUAACUUAUUUUUUUCCUUUCUCUUCUCCUCCUCCUAGCUCCAGACUCUCUGAAUCCCUCUUGUUAGUUUUCCGGCAAGUUAGUAGUAUUAAUAAUCUAUAAUCAAUCUUGUGACAUGUACUAGCUCAGCUGUAAUGUAAUGUAGUAAGUAUUCUCUCUUGGUGUUAGGAGCAUCAGAUCAGCAUGCUGCAUGACAUGUAAUCUCCUCGCCUCUCAUCUCCUCUCCUCUCAUUGUAAUGUAACAAGAGCGCCUUGCCUUAUUGUAGUCUAUUAUCAUCUCA